AUGGCUAGAAGGAGUCCCUUUGCGUUUGGUUUCUUCCUCUUUUCCCUAUUGUCUCUCCUCUGCCAGGCCCUCGACCUCUACCGCGCCGACUCGAGGUCCUAUGCCCAAAUCCAGGCAUCCAAGGGGAUGCUCCCCAAGGGUCAGUCCACGUUUGGCGUUGCCGCGCCCGACACCAGCUUGUGGAACCACGUCAACGGAGACGCCCAGGGCUUCAGCAAGACCAACGAUGGCUACGUCUCCACGACCACGGACCGUAACCUGGCCGUGUCCUGGAUCCGUGGCAUGCUGGGCGGUAACGGCUACGUCUACCGCAUCCACUCGGCCCCGAACAUGAUCGACUGCGAGGGGACACUCGGGAGACACUACCGCUUCCCGCAGGAGAAGGAGUUCGCGGCCCUCGGUGGCAUCAAGGACAACCAGAUCAUCGGCUGGACUCGCUACACCAACAACUCCCCGGGGCGCGAGGAGCUGAACCCCUUCUACCAGAGCAACGUCUACGGCAACAUGGGCACCGGCGGGGCCCAGCCCAAGCUCGCCGCGUUCCCCCGCGGCCACGUCGCCUGGAGCGAGUCUCCCUGGUCGCAGUUCAGCACCUGUGCGAAAAACCCGAGAGGUAUCUCCGUGGAGAAGAGGCAGUCGUGCUCGCCGGCCAAGAGCAACCAGGAGUACGCGGCGGAGUACCUCGAGUACGUCGAGGCGGUUUGCCCGGCCUGCCAGUAG